UCCUUAUCUUACCGCAAACUCCAGCACUAUCUUCCUCGUGUUUCUUAUUUUUAUGCAAAAUAAAUUAAAAAUCCCUGUUCCCAUUUUAUUAUUACGAAACUUGCUUUUGCAGGCAAACCCAAAACCAAAAAUCAAAGUCUCUCUCUCUCUCUCUCUCUUUAUAAUUAUCUGCAUCUCUAUCUUCUUCACCUCGAUUUUCUCUCUCUGGAAAACCCUAACUUUCUCUCUCUAUACUUCCGAUCAUUCCCAACAUGGCGUCUGGAUCAUCGGGUCGGGCCAACCCAGGCACACAGGGCUUCGAUUUCGCGUCGGACGACAUUCUCUGCUCGUACGAGGACUACGGCAACCAGGACUCCUCCAAUGGCAACCACAGUGACCCAGUGAUGGGAAAUAAUCCCAGCAAGCAGGAUUUUCAUAAAAGUAGGAUGGCGAGACAAUCAAUGUUCUCUUCUGCUGCCUAUAGCCAGCCGGAAGAUUCUCUCCACCAAGAUGUAAUUGCUACUGUUGAAAAGAGCAUGAAAAAAUAUGCUGACAAUCUCAUGCGCUUUCUUGAAGGAAUUAGUUCACGGCUUUCACAAUUGGAAUUGUAUUGCUACAAUCUUGAUAAGUCAAUUGGUGAGAUGCGUUCUGAUUUAGUUCGUGAUCACGGGGAAGCAGAUUCAAAGCUCAAGUCUCUUGAGAAACAUCUUCAAGAAGUUCAUAGGUCUGUCCAGAUCCUAAGGGACAAGCAAGAACUUGCUGAGACUCAGAAAGAAUUAGCCAAGCUUCAGCUUGCACAGAAGGGAUCUGCUUCAUCAACCCAUUCCCAGUCCAAUGAGGAGAGAGCUUCCCCACCUACCUCUGAUGGUCAGAAGACUGACAACACACCUGAGACACAUAACCAGCAAUUAGCUCUAGCCCUGCCCCAUCAAGUAGCGCCACAACCACAGCCGGUGGCACCUCCCCCACAGGCCCCAACUCAGAAUGUGACCCAACAACAAUCUUAUUAUUUAUCUCCAACCCAGUUACAAAACCAACCACCACCACAACAUUCUCAGAAUCAAUAUUUGCCUUCUGAUUCUCAGUAUCGAACCCCCCAAGUGCAAGACAUCCCUAGGGUGGCACCACAGCCAACACAAUCUCAAGUAAAUCAGACACCACAAGUCCAAUCUUUCCCUCAGUAUCAGCAAUUACCACAGCCUCAGCAGGUGCAAUUUCCCCAACAGCCCUCUAUGCAACCCCAGAUGAGGCCCCCAUCGACGACAAAUGUUUACCCUUCCUAUCCACCAGGUCAACAGACAAACCCAUCUCCUCCAGAGGCUGUGCCAAGCAGCAUGUCAAUGCAAGUGCCAUAUUCCAGUAUUCCUCAGCAAGGACCUGGUCGUUCUGAUGCCAUGCCUUUUGGAUACAGUGGAGCUGGUAGACCAAUACAACAGCAGCCUCCACCUCAGCAAUUGAAGGGUGCUUUUGGAGCGCAAGCAGGAGAGGGAUAUGCUGCUUCUGGGCCUCACCCUGCACUUCCUCCAGGGAGUACAUAUAUGAUGUACGACGGUGAAGGGGGUAGAACUCAUUAUUCUGCGCAAGUGCCUCAUUAUGGAUAUCCUCCGACAAGUGCCUCUCAUCAGACUCCACAGCCAACAACAGCUCCGAAUCUUAUGGCUCGGAAUCCACAAUUCAUUCGUAACCACCCUUACAGCGAGUUGAUUGAGAAAUUGGCAUCCAUGGGCUUCAGGAGUGAUCAUGUUUUAAGUGUGAUUCAGAGGAUGGAGGAAAGGGGGGAACCCAUUGAUUUUAAUGCCGUGAUUGACAGGUUGUCAAAUGUACAUUCGUCUGGGGGUCCUCAGAGGGGAUGGUCAGGGUAAAAGAAUCAGCAUAUUAUCUAUCUUCCAUUUGGGUGACAAUCAUUGCGUGUGUUUUAUUACGCAUUGAAUAAAGGCUUAUGGUGUCCUCAUAUAUAUGGUUUGAGAGAUACUAGGAUUAUUGUAUAUUUGUGACCUCAUUCGAAAACGUUACUGGUUGUUUUAUGCCAUGCUUUGCUGUCGAGCAAUGAUAACACGAUCUCUCUGUUUCCCCUACCUCGCAUGAUAUUGUUCAGAUGACUGAACAAAUAUUCAGAAUUAGCAUUCCCCUACCUCGCAUGAUAUUGUUCAGAUGACUGAACAAAUAUUCAGAAUUAGCAGGUGCUGUGAAGACUAACUCAAUGUUUGGGACA